AUGCCACUGCCUCUGGGAGACCCACUAGCAGUCUCGUUCGGGCACUUUCAAAUCACAUCGAUGGCUCGCUGGCUCCUUCUCGUGGGCAUGUCGGCCCUGUCUCUACUGUACAGGCUGACCAGGGUGUUUGGCCUAAUGGCCACCGCCAACUCGAGUCCCCGGGGCAUCGAGAGGGUCAGCCGGAGCCCCUACUUUCGCAUCCACGGCUGGGUGAUGAUGAUCUUUGUGGGCUGUUUCACCCCCUUCGCCAUUUGGUGCAUUUACGGGCGGAUGGCCUUUCUGCGCCAAAAUCAAAUUCUCCUACUGAUUGGCUUCAAUCGAUAUGUCCUGCUGCUGGUCUGUGCCUUUGCCACCCUGUGGGAACACAGCUCGAAGCAGGUGGAGAUCAUCGGGUGUCUGAAUCGAUUGCUCAAAUGCCGCAGGCAGCUGAGAAAACUGCUGCACACGCGCGAGCUCAGGGAUUCGCUGGAUUGUCUGGCCACCAGGAGACACCUGCUAGAGGUGGUAGUGCUACUCACUUCCAUUAUCCUCUCGUCGGCCCAGCCCAUCCAGAUCCUGAAGGACGAUCCCGAGGUGCGAGAGAACUUCAUGUAUGCCUUCAGCUUGGUUUUCGUUUACCUCUGCCAACUCCUUCUGCAGCUCUCCCUGGGGAUAUACACCCUGGCGCUGCUCUUUGUGGGUCACCUCGUGCGGCACUCAAAUCUGCUGCUGGCCAGGAUUCUCGCGGAUGCUGGCGUAAUUCUGGAAAAUUCCCAGAACGCCCGAUUCGGUCCGAACCGCCAGCAGCUGUACAGAACACAACAAAAGUGGUUGGCCCUCGAAUUAUGGAGAUUACUGCGUGUUCAUCAGCGAUUGCUGGAACUGCAUCGCUCCAUCUGCUCGCUGCAUGGCGUGCAGGCAGUCUGCUUUGUGGCCUACGUGCCCUUGGAGUGCGUGGUACACCUGUUCUUCACGUACUUCAUGAAGUACAGCAAGUUCAUCUUGCGAAAGUACGGCAAAUCCUUCCCGUUGAACUACUAUGCCAUUGCCUUUAUGCUGGGACUCUUCACCAAUCUUGUGCUGGUAAUUCUGCCCACCUACUACUCCGAAAGGAGGUUUAACUCUACCAGGGAAACCCUGAGAUGCGGAAGCUUGCACUUUGCACCGAGAGCCACUGUUAAGCAACUCAAUCACACAAUGCACUACUACGGCCUAUAUCUGAAGAAUGUGGAGUACAUAUUUACUGUCAGCGCCUGUGGCCUGUUCAAGCUGAACAAUGUCUUGCUUUUCUGCAUCGUAGGUGCGAUACUGGACUACCUGAUGAUACUGAUACAAUUCGACAAAGUCCUAAACCAAUAGCUGACAAAAUCCCCAGACAAUGGCCAUAAAUAAAUACAAAUUAAAUUGCUCCCUUUUGUUAAGGUUGGGUAAAUAUAUAGAUGUA